CUAGCGAGGGUCUUCUCUCGCGGCGUCUUCUCUCCCUCGCUCGGGAGAGUGAGAGCGAAUUCGAGAUCCCUCCCGUUUCCUAUUCUCUACCGCCAUUCAAUCAAAAGUCGAACUAGAAACCUCUGAAUCCAUCCAAAACCCCUUACAAAAUCGAAAAAAAAUUCCAAUUCAAUCGAAGCAAACCCUAGUUUUAGUUCAGUCAAUCCGCAGUCAUGGAUAUGCGCUUCCCUUACUCCCCUGCUGAGGUCGCCAAAGUUCGCACCGUCCAAUUCGGCAUCCUCAGCCCCGAUGAGAUUAGGCAGAUGUCUGUGACGGAGAUCCUCCAUGCGGAGACGAUGGAGAGAGGGAAGCCGAAGGUUGGGGGGCUGAGUGAUUCCCGGCUUGGGACUAUUGAUCGGAAGCUCAAGUGCGAGACUUGCUCCGCAAACAUGGCUGAGUGCCCCGGCCACUUUGGCCACCUCGAGCUCGCCAAACCUAUGUUUCAUAUUGGUUUUAUGAAGACCGUCCUCGCCAUCAUGCGUUGCGUGUGUUUCAACUGCUCCAAGAUCCUUGCCGACCCGGAUGAACCUCGGUUCAAACAGGCUUUAAGAAUAAGAAAUCCGAAGCACAGGUUGAAACGAAUUUAUGAUGCUUGUAAGGGUAAGAAGAAAUGUGCUGGUGGUGAUGAUAUUGAUGUUCAAGGACAACAAGAUUCUGAAGAACCUGUGAAGAAGACUCGAGGUGGUUGUGGAGCUCAGCAACCGACAAUUACCAUUGAUGGCAUGAAAAUGGUUGCAGAAUACAAAGCUCAGAAGAAGAAAAAUGAUGACCAAGAUCAGCUCCCUGAACCUGUUGAGAGGAAACAACAGCUUUCUGCUGAGAGGGUUCUUAGCGUUCUUAAGAGAAUAAGUGAUGAAGACUGUCUGUUGUUAGGUUUGAAUCCUAAGUAUGCUCGCCCAGAUUGGAUGAUAUUACAAGUGCUCCCGGUCCCUCCUCCACCUGUAAGGCCAUCUGUGAUGAUGGAUACCUCUUCUAGGAGUGAGGACGAUUUGACCCACCAGUUAGCAAUGAUAAUUCGACACAAUGAUAAUUUGAAGCGGCAAGAGAAGAAUGGAGCUCCUGCUCACAUUAUAACAGAGUUCGCCCAGUUAUUGCAGUUUCAUAUUGCAACAUACUUUGAUAAUGAGCUCCCUGGCCAGCCAAGGGCUACACAAAGAUCUGGACGACCAAUCAAAUCUAUUUGCAGUAGACUCAAGGCUAAGGAAGGUAGAAUUAGAGGUAAUUUGAUGGGGAAGCGUGUUGACUUUUCGGCAAGAACAGUCAUCACUCCUGAUCCAACUAUUAACAUUGAUGAACUUGGUGUACCUUGGAGUAUUGCUUUAAAUCUGACAUACCCAGAAACUGUGACACCAUACAAUAUUGAAAGACUGAAGGAGCUUGUGGAGUAUGGUCCUCAUCCACCUCCUGGUAAAACAGGCGCAAAGUACAUCAUCCGGGAGGAUGGUCAGAGACUUGAUCUUCGUUUUCUGAAAAAAAGCAGUGAUCACCAUCUAGAACUUGGGUAUAAGGUAGAGCGGCAUUUGAAUGAUGGGGAUUUUGUUCUUUUCAAUCGACAGCCCAGCCUCCAUAAAAUGUCAAUAAUGGGGCAUCGGAUCAAAAUUAUGCCCUAUUCAACAUUUCGCUUAAAUUUGUCUGUUACAUCACCAUACAAUGCUGAUUUUGAUGGAGAUGAGAUGAAUAUGCAUGUUCCUCAGUCAUUUGAAACUAGGGCGGAAGUUUUGGAACUGAUGAUGGUUCCAAAGUGUAUUGUCUCACCUCAGGCAAAUCGGCCUGUUAUGGGAAUUGUCCAGGACACACUCUUAGGUUGCAGGAAGAUCACCAAAAGAGAUACUUUUAUUGAGAAGGAUGUUUUUAUGAAUAUCUUAAUGUGGUGGGAAGACUUUGAUGGGAAAAUUCCUGCUCCAGCCAUUUUGAAACCCAGGCCACUGUGGACAGGAAAACAAGUAUUUAACCUUAUCAUUCCAAAGCAGAUAAAUCUCAUAAGAACUUCAGCGUGGCACUCAGAAUCAGAAAAGGGAUUUAUCACUCCUGGAGAUACACAGGUUCGAAUAGAGAAAGGGGAGGUUUUGUCUGGUACCCUGUGCAAGCGAACACUUGGGUCAUCCAAUGGUAGUCUUAUCCAUGUUAUCUGGGAAGAGGUUGGUCCUGAUGCUGCUCGCAAAUUUUUGGGUCAUACACAGUGGCUUGUCAACUAUUGGCUUUUGCAGAAUGGUUUUAGUAUUGGCAUUGGGGACACAAUUGCAGAUGCAGCAACCAUGGAGAAAAUUAAUGAAACUAUAUCAAAAGCUAAAAAUGAUGUGAAAGAACUCAUUAAACUGGCUCAAGAAAAGCAAUUGGAAGCUGAACCAGGCCGAACUAUGAUGGAUUCUUUCGAGAAUAGAGUGAAUCAGGUCUUGAAUAAGGCCCGUGAUGAUGCUGGGAGUAGUGCUCAGAAGAGCUUAUCUGAGAGUAACAACCUGAAGGCAAUGGUCACUGCAGGAUCCAAAGGAAGUUUCAUCAACAUUUCACAGAUGACUGCAUGUGUGGGUCAGCAGAAUGUUGAAGGUAAACGUAUUCCUUAUGGCUUUAUUGAUCGAACAUUGCCCCACUUCACCAAAGAUGAUUAUGGACCCGAAAGCCGUGGUUUUGUGGAGAACUCAUAUCUCCGUGGACUGACUCCCCAAGAGUUCUUCUUUCAUGCUAUGGGUGGUAGAGAGGGUCUAAUUGAUACUGCUGUGAAGACAUCUGAGACUGGAUAUAUUCAAAGGCGCCUGGUGAAGGCUAUGGAGGACAUUAUGGUUAAGUAUGAUGGUACUGUGAGGAACUCGCUUGGGGAUGUCAUUCAAUUCCUUUACGGAGAAGAUGGCAUGGAUGCUGUUUGGAUUGAGACACAAAAGUUGGACUCCUUAAAGAUGAAAAAAGCUGAGUUUGAUCAUGUCUACAGAUAUGAGAUUGAUGAUGACAACUGGAAUCCGAGUUAUAUGCUACAAGAGCAUGUUGAGGAUUUGAAGACCAUUCGGGAAUUCAGAAAUGUAUUUGAUGCUGAAGCUAGAAAAUUAGAAGCAGAUCGUUACCAACUUGGCAUGGAGAUUGCUACUACCGGUGAUAGCAAUUGGCAUCUGCCCGUGAAUCUCAGAAGGCUUAUCUGGAAUGCACAGAAGAUGUUCAAGGUUGAUCUGAGAAGACCCUCUGAUAUGCACCCAAUGGAGAUUGUUGAAGCAGUUGAUAAGCUUCAGGAACGGCUGAAAGUUGUCCCUGGUGAUGAUUUGAUGAGCAUGGAGGCUCAGAAAAAUGCCACUUUGUUUUUUAACAUCCUUCUGCGCAGCACAUUUGCCAGCAAAAGAGUGUUGAAAGAGUACAGAUUAACGCGGGAAGCGUUUGAAUGGGUCAUUGGUGAGAUUGAAUCUCGUUUUUUGCAGUCAUUGGUUGCGCCAGGUGAAAUGAUUGGCUGUGUUGCUGCCCAAUCCAUCGGAGAGCCUGCUACCCAGAUGACUCUGAAUACUUUCCACUAUGCUGGUGUGAGUGCCAAGAACGUCACUCUGGGAGUUCCCAGGUUAAGGGAAAUCAUUAAUGUUGCCAAGAAAAUUAAAACUCCGUCACUUUCUGUUUACCUGAAACCUGAGGUGCAUGGGAAAAAAGAAAUGGCUAAGAAUGUCCAGUGUUCCUUGGAGUACACUACGUUGCGCAGUGUGACUCACGCAACUGAAGUAUGGUAUGAUCCUGAUCCUACAAGCACAAUUAUUGAGGAAGAUGUGGAAUUUGUCAAGUCAUACUAUGAAAUGCCAGAUGAGGAGGUUGCUCCUGAGAAGAUAUCUCCCUGGCUCCUUCGUAUUGAGCUAAAUAGGGAGAUGAUGGUUGAUAAGAAGUUGAGUAUGGCAGACAUUGCUGAGAAGAUUGGCCAUGAAUUUGGUGAUGACUUGACAUGCAUCUUUAAUGAUGAUAAUGCUGAGAAGCUCAUCCUUCGUAUUCGCAUCAUGAAUGAUGAUGCUCCGAAAGGGGAGUUGCAAGAUGAAUCUGCAGAGGAUGAUGUCUUUCUUAAAAAAAUUGAAAGCAACAUGUUAACCGAAAUGGCUCUUAGAGGGAUUCCUGAUAUAAAUAAAGUCUUCAUCAAACAAGGAAAAAUUAACAAGUUUGAUCAAGAGGAAGGCUUCAAAUCGGAGUCAGAGUGGAUGCUUGAUACUGAAGGUGUUAACCUUUUGGCUGUUAUAUGCCACGAAGAUGUUGAUGCCACUAGGACUACAAGCAAUCACUUGAUUGAGGUGAUUGAAGUUCUUGGAAUUGAGGCUGUCCGUCGAUCUCUUCUAGACGAGUUACGUGUGGUUAUAUCUUUUGAUGGAUCCUAUGUGAACUAUCGUCAUUUGGCCAUUCUGUGUGAUACAAUGACAUACAGAGGUCACUUGAUGGCCAUCACUCGUCAUGGCAUCAAUCGGAAUGAUACUGGACCAAUGAUGAGGUGUUCCUUCGAGGAAACUGUGGACAUUCUCCUGGAUGCUGCCGUAUAUGCAGAAGCAGACCAUCUCAGAGGUGUCACAGAGAAUAUCAUGCUAGGACAGCUUGCGCCAAUCGGCACAGGGGGUUGUGCGCUGUAUCUUAAUGAUCAGAUGUUGCAGCAAGCGAUUGAACUGCAGCUUCCUAGUUACAUGGAGGGAUUGGACUUUGGCAUGACACCAUCUCGUUCACCUGUCUCAGGGACGCCAUAUCAUGAGGGAAUGAUGUCUCCCAGCUAUCUCCUUAGUCCAAAUGCUCGCUCUUCACCCAUUACAGAUGCUCAGUUUUCUCCAUAUGUUGGUGGGAUGGGCUUCUCUCCCACCUCAUCCCCAGGAUACAGUCCAUCAUCUCCUGGAUACAGCCCAUCCUCUCCGGGAUACAGUCCAACCUCUCCUGGUUAUAGCCCAACAUCCCCUGGAUACAGUCCUACAUCACCUGGCUACAGUCCUACAUCGCCAACAUACAGUCCUAGCUCUCCUGGUUAUAGUCCAACAAGUCCUGCCUAUUCUCCAACCAGCCCAUCUUACUCCCCAACUUCACCUAGCUACAGCCCCACUUCACCCAGUUACAGCCCUACUUCACCCAGUUACAGCCCAACAUCUCCAAGUUACAGUCCCACUUCUCCAAGUUACAGUCCAACAUCACCUAGCUACAGUCCUACUUCCCCAGUUUACAGUCCCACAUCCCCGGUGUAUAGCCCAACCUCACCAGCAUACAGCCCAACAUCCCCAUCAUACAGCCCGACCUCACCUUCAUACAGCCCGACCUCACCAUCGUACAGCCCGACCUCACCAUCAUACAGCCCGACCUCGCCUUCUUAUAGCCCUACAUCGCCUGCCUACAGUCCUACCUCUCCUGGGUAUAGUCCCACAUCACCCAGCUACAGCCCCACAUCUCCCAGUUAUAGCCCUACAUCUCCAAGUUACAAUCCUCCUUCAGCUAAAUACAGCCCUUCAAUUGCAUACUCUCCUAGCAGUCCAAGGAUAUCUCCUUCUAGUCCUUACAGUCCCACAUCACCAAAUUACAGCCCAACGUCACCAUCAUAUUCUCCUACAUCUCCGUCAUACUCCCCUCCAAGUCCUACGCACAGUCCCUCCAGUCCCUACAAUGCAGGUCCUAGCUUGAACUACAGUCCAAGUUCUCCACAGUACAGUCCGAGUGCGGGCUAUUCACCAACUGCGCCGGGUUAUUCCCCAUCGUCCACAAGUCAGUACACACCUCAACAGAGCAACAAGGAAGACGAGACUACACAAUGAAGUGGACUUGAUCAUCAGCAUAAACAAAGAAGAGCCAAAAUCUAUUUCUAGCACAAAUCCAACCAGAAUCAGUGGUAGAAAAUAUGUUUUACCACUGCCGGAUGAUGUACCGAAACAUAAUAACUAAAGAUUCGUAUUUGAUCUUAUAUAGUCUGUCAAGUUGCCAGUGAUAUAAACAUCGCUGGUGAAAAUGAUCUAUUUUUAUGGAUUUUAUGUGCUGGACACCUGAGAAUGAGUCAUAAACAACACCAUCUAUUGCAAGUAAUGGAUGGCAAGGGACUUGUUUUCUUUGUUGGUGUAGAGUUUGUCUGAUAUAUCUUUGAUUGUAAACGUGGACCAAUAGUAAAUGGAUUCCUGAGUUCUGAAUUGCCUCUUUGUUGUA